AAUGAGGAUGACAUGUAGGAAAUAAUUCCACGUGUUUUAUUCCCACUGUAUAGGAAUGCUUUACACAAUCUGUUUUAUUGGUCUUGCAGUGCUGUGUUUUUAUCAUGAGUUCAGGAUGAUGGUUUUAUGGCGUCAUUCAUUGUGCCAAAGGACAAGCUUACUUCUCAAGGUUAGACAAUAGGUUACUGUGUUGGUGACAGAGACAGUGUGAAGGGGCUCACUCACAUUUGCACUGCGUAAACACUUGAGAAAAAGCAUAGGCUAGCCUACAUCAAUUUGUCACGGCCUUCACUGCGCCUAGGGAGCGACGGAUUCAUUUAAAUUGACGUACCCUGUCUAUUGACACGCUGAGGCAUUCAGGGACUUACCGGAAACCAAACUUUUUUUCUUCAAACUUGUUUCGUAGCUGAGUCGAAAGUGGUCGAAAGAGGAAAGAAAGAGACGAGACCGUUCAGCGUCAAAACUUGUACAGUUCCUUAUUUUCUUCCAAAGCUUCGCGUCAUGUUGGAUAUUAGUUGGUUGCUGUCUAAAAGAAGUGAAAUACCGACUUUUUGUCAAGGAUAAGGGCCGCCGUCGAGUGUUAUUCCUCCACAUAUAACGGAUCAUCGUUUUUUAUCAUGGAAGACGAAGUGAAAGAGGACCCCACCGGGCCCAACGAGGACCCCACCAGACCCAACGAGGACCCCACCAGUUCCAAAGAGACCAUGUCCACAUGGAAGGCCGGUUGGGUGAAAAAGGACUCGGGCAGGUUCCUGGCCAGCUAUAAGGACCGCUACAUCCAGGUGAAGAGGACAGAGCUUGUGGUGUACGAGAAUGAGGACCUUGCGACCUGCUUGGAGAGAGUGGACCUGGAAAACUACGAUAAGUGCCACGAGUUGAGGAGCGCCUUCACAAAGAAGAAGAAUAGACUGGUGUUGAUACGAGCGGCCAAAUCAGGGAAUAAGGUCCAUGAUGUCAAGUUCCAGGCUCAGAACCUGGAGGAGAAGGAGGCUUGGAUUAAGGCCUUUAGUGACGGCAUCAACAGAGCAAAGAAUAAGAUAUUUGACGAGGUGAAGGUAGAUGAGACCAGUCAUUUGGAGCAUGCCACACGCACAAGGCCGAAAGGAAACCGUAACAGAAGACCACCCACCAGGAUACACAUGAAAGAGGUUGCCAACGUCUCAUCAGAUGGGAUUCUCCGGCAUGACCUGGACGCGGUGGACGCCAGCAUCCCCAACGGGACACACCACAUCACCACAGAUACCACUGAGACUCCCCAAAAGGCUGUGAAGCCCCCCAUGCCCCCCACGUCCAAACCCAGCGAGGCCCCAGAAGAGUGUCUGACCACCCAGAGCCCUGACGAAGGUCUGCCGUCUGAAAAGGAGCCCAGUCCCCAGAAGGUUCUGAAGCCCCCCAUGCCACCCUCCAAAGAGGCCGAGACGGCUGCUGCUUCUGCUGGGGACCAACUCCCUGAUGAGACUAGCACUGACAGCAGCCCAGAGAAAAAGGUCCUGAAGCCUCCCAUGCCACCCUCCAAAGAGGCCAAGCCCACUGUGUCUGCCGAGGACCAACCACCUGGGGAGACCAGCCCUGAGAAAAAGGUCCUGAAGACGCCCAUGCCGCCCUCCAAAGAGGUCAAGCCCGCUGCUCCAGCCGGAGACCAACCCCCCAGGAACACCGGUCCCGAGGGCAGCCCAGAGAAGUGCUCCGAGGCUGGGGUCGAGUCGGCACCACCGCCCACCCCUCCGAGCAAACCCAUCGGCGGCUCCACAGACAACCUGGCUGAGGCCUCCCAGUCCAGCCAGGAACCCAGGCCGCCCACCCCACCAUCCAAAGACAAGAAGCCCACUCAGACAGCCAUGCAGGAGGGUACAGAGGUGGCUAGUGGAAGCAGGAAGAAAGAUGAAGAGGAGGAGGAUGAGGUAGAGGAGAAGGAGGAAGAGGGUUCUGAAACUAAUGCAUCUGACGUUCAACAAAGCAGUAUCCCUGAGGGGGCUGAGGAUGAGGAGGAGUCUUCUUCCUCUCAGCUUACAACACUCAUGACCCCCCUAGAGGUAAAAGUUGAACCCCCUGUGACUGACCACCCAGAGGUCACCACCACCACCAUAGAAGAAGAGACGCAGAAAGUUGCUGAGCCAAUGGCUCAAGAACAAGAGUCUGCCGCUAGUGGUGGAGUGGAUAUAUCACACAAUGAAGAACCUCAGACAAUGAAGUCUUCCCAACUCAAAGUAACGCCGUCAGUUCAGACACCGGAGCCAAUCAAAAAGAGCCCUGGCCCUCCCGGACCUCCCACAAAGAAGAAGCCCGUCAUCCUCCCUCCUCCCAAAGCAGUGGUGGUGACUCAAGACGUCCACCUAAGCAAGCCUAAGAAUCAAGAGACAGACGAAACCAAGAACAUCAUCAUCACCACCACACCAGAAGAGAAACUCAACCCUAUCACUUCACCACCACCAGCCGCGGUGACCACAACCAGUCCGACUGAAGAAACAGAGGACCUAAAAGUUCCUGUGGUCGUAGAGACUAAGUCAGAGUUCCCAGUCGUAGUUCUCUCUCUGAGUGACCCUGAACCAGACAGCUCCUGCUCCAGUCCCGUGUCCUGCCACCUCUCCCCGGAAAAGAAGAGUGAGCGUGAGGAGGAAAAGUCAGUCGACAGCGGCCAACACUCGGACAUCGAUGACAACGAAGAGGGGUCAGAGAGCCGGGACACUUUGGCGGCCUCCACCGCCGCCCUUAUGGGCAGCCAAGCUGGCCUGAACGCACUGAUGGACGAGAGUGAAGACGGAGACACGGAGACCCCCGACAGCCUGGGACUCAGCACUGAUGAUGUGGAGGACUCCCUUUCUACGACCCAGAUCCCCCAGGACAAACCCUCCGGCCUACACUCCACCUUCCUCCAGGUGAGGGUCAGCCAGGCCUCCCAUCGUCCCCCCAUCCCUUUCAAACCCUUAGCCAAGCUCAUGUCCGCCUCUUUGGGGGAUCUCCUCUCUGAGGCCUCAUUGGGUGAAAACAUGAAACAGCCAAUCACAGACGUGGCCGUGACAAAGGCUGCCGGUCCUCAAGACUUAACAGACCUUGAAAAUGAAGUGGCCCUGGAGCUGGAAAAGACAGGGGAGCUCCUGGGGAGCGUCGUCCCCAUAGGGAACACCGAGGUUGGGCAGAGCUCGGCCCUAGCGGGGGGCGAUGGCCUGGAGGACAGGUCGCCGGAGGAACUGCUAACCAGAGCCAUGGAGAAGCUGAGGAAAGCGGACCAGUUCCUCAGGCAGGCCAAGAGUAUGAAAGACUCGAAACAUUCUGAGAAUAUGGCCAAGAGAAACAGCUGGUGAUUGUUAAAUAUGAAGGAGAAGUAGGGAAAAUGUAUUGAUUAAUGGUGAUGGAAAGUAGCAGCUUGGAAGGACGACAGGUGUUUUCUUAUUCUGGCUGAUUAUGCAGCGUAUGUAUGCAAGUGUUCUGCUGAGAUUUAGCUAAGUGCAAUUUUUUCCACUUUCACUUUUCUCCUGCAAAUGAAGGUUAAUUGUACUUUUUGUACUUUUGAAAUUGUUUUUACAUUCCACAUUGAUCAUAAUCACUUUCCCAAGGAUAUUUACUUGAAUACUUACAACCCCCGAUCAAACUUUUUAAUGAUACGUUCAAGGAUGUCACAAAAUGUCUUAGGGGGUGUCGGAAGUGCCUGCAACUUUUUGUAAUCCAAGUUUUGAAUGGAAACAGAUUGGUUUCCUCUGUAGUCCUCCUUGCCAAUCAAACUAUGAUGAACUUUGAAGUAAUCGUGUAUGAGGUGGGUUGGGUUUUUAUGUAGUUCAUGAAAAUAUACUUUUCUUGAGAAUAAAUUUGUCUUGAAUAACUACUUUCCAAGUGUUAAAAGAAUAUUCAGGGAUUUUAUAGAAUGUCUGCGACAAGCUCUGCCAGUCCAAAUCUCAAUGGCAAGAUGUACAUCAAAUUUGACACCACACCUAUUUUAUAAGCAUCCCUUCUUCUGAGGACUAAGGGCCCCAUUUAUUAAGCAUUUGCACUUUGCACCAGGUCCUGAAGUUUACCAGAGGGAAUUGGACAUAAAAGGUUGAAUGAAAAGGUAAGAAUAAAGGUUCUGAAAAUGAAUAAUUUAUCAAGGUUAAUUAUAAAUGAAGAGAAAACAAAGUAUAAAUGAAUACAGUUUGCUGUUUUAGCUUUAGUGUUUCAUCCAAUAAAAACAGGUGCAAACUUUUCACCAGGCCCAAAUGCAUAGCAAAUCUGGCCUUAACUUUGUUCUGGCAAAUACCUAUGCAGGCUUGGUUUAUUCACCAUUUCACAAUAGGUUUCAGAAUGCACAUUGCAAAGAGGAACUACACUCUUAGAAAAAAAGGUGCUAUCUAGAACCUAAAAGGAUUAUUCGGCUGUCCCCAUAGGAGAACCCUUUGAAGAACCCUUUAUGGUUCCAGAAAGAACCCUUUUGAUUCCAGGUAAAACCCUAUUGGGUUCCAUGUGGAACCCUUUCCCCAGAAGAACCAAAAAGGGCUCUAUCUGGAACAAAAAAGGGUUAUCCUAUAGGGACAGCCGAAGAACCCUCUUGGAAACCUUUUUUCUAAGAGUG